AUGUAUGGUGGUUUCAUCGUUUCACCGAACGACUCUGGCGCGCUAUUUGGUGUUCUGUUCUGGCAUAAGGACGGUUUCUCUACCGCAUGCGGCCAUGGAACGAUCGCACUCGGAUACUGGGCGGUUGCCCAUAGAAUGCUUCCGGUUCCCGACAAUGAAGAGGUGGAUGUGAUUAUCGACGUGCCUUCCGGACGUGUCAAAUCGCGUAUCACGAUGCAGGGCGGAGACCCCAUCCAUGCCGAAUUCAUCAACGUGCUCAGCUAUCAGAUAGCGAAGGAUCUAUCCGCUGCUCUCCCCUCGCGUGGAGCCGUCGUGACAGCCGACCUGGUCUUCGCGGGGGCUGUGUAUGCCACUAUUGAUGCGGACCAGCUAGGCGUCGAAGUCGAUCCCUGCAACUAUGCCCAAUUCAUCCAGCUUGGUCGUGAGGUGAAGCAUUCUUUAGGCCAGCGAGCACACUACGGCACCCACGACUUAUACUGUGUGAUCUUCUACCGCGAGGAGGAUGUUGGAAAAGACGAAGCAGGAAUCGUCCGCCAGAGAAAUGUCACUAUCUUUGCAGAUGGUCAAAUUGACAGGUCGCCUUGUGGCUCCGGUACAUGCGCCAGGCUGGCUGUGUUGCUAUCACGGGGACGCGUUGGUGCUGGGAAAAACAAGCUUGUUCAUCAGAGUAUUAUUGGCACAUCUUUCGAGGCCGAUGUUGUCUCGGAAGAACCUUCACCAGUGGAAGGAUUCAAGGCUUGUAUUCCGCGUGUUCGUGGACGGGCUAAUAUUGUUGGUCAGAUGAGAUUUUGGAUCGACCCAAGUGAGGCAAUGUUCCCUGGCUUUCUGUUACGAUAG